UAAUUAAUUAACGAGUUUUAUCGGAAUUAAAAAAAAAUGCCACAAGAAGACUGGACAUGCUCACACGGGGACAACAACAACAACAACAACAACAACUCCGAGUUUGAAUAAAAAUGGCAAACAUCAAAGUUGCCAUUCGAGUCCGUCCUCCCAACGCGAGGGAGAGCGCGGAUGGAGGAAGGCUGGCCGUACAAGUGGAGGACAAGUUUGUGAAGAUCCGAAAUGCAAAGCUGGACGGACGUACAGAUGGUCACGUGGAUUCGCGGGAGAAGCUUCUGGAGUUCUGUUUUGACUAUUGCUACUGGUCGGCGGACCCCGCAGCCCCCCACUAUGCCUCGCAGGAGGAGGUGUUCCAGGACCUGGGUGUGUCGGUGCUGUCCGGAGCCUCUGAGGGCUACAAUGUGUGCCUGUUUGCGUACGGACAAACAGGAUCUGGAAAGACGUACACCAUGAUGGGGACACCGGACUCCCUUGGCUUGACCCCUCGGAUCUGUCAGGGUCUCUUUAGGUCUGAAGACAGUUUCCCUGAUGGGCAAAACUCAAGCAGAGUGGAGAUCAGCUUCCUGGAGAUCUAUAACGAGCGCGUUCGAGACCUGCUGAGACGAGGAGACCAGAAGAAGAGACCGUCCCUGAAAGUUCGAGAGCACCCCGAGAAAGGACCCUACGUGCAAGACCUAUCGCAGCACGUGGUCUCAGACUGCAAGCAGGCCAUGGACCUCUUGGAGGAAGGCAUCGCCAACCGAAUCACGGCAGCAACCCACAACCACGACGCCAGCAGCAGAUCCCACGCCAUCUUCACCAUCCAGUACACACAGGCAAUCCUAGAGAAUAACCUCCCUUCAGAAACCGUCAGCAAGAUAAACCUGGUGGACUUGGCUGGAAGUGAGCGCGCAGACCCCAACUACUGCAGGGAUAGACUGACCGAGGGUUCUAACAUCAACAAGUCGCUGGUUACUUUGGGCAUCGUCAUAUCUGCUCUUGCCCAGAACUCCCAGAUGUCCAGCAGCUGUCAGAGUAUCAACAGCAUGGCUUCUGAGGGCGAUGGCAGCACGGUGGGAAGCCACAGCAGCUCCCUCUCUGGAGGCGGCGGAGGAGGAGGAGGAGGAGGAGGUGGUGGUGGUGGGAGGAGGCACUGCUUCAUCCCCUACAGAGACUCUGUGCUAACCUGGCUGCUGAAAGAUAGCCUGGGUGGCAACUCCAAGACCAUCAUGAUCGCAACGGUCUCACCCUCCGCUAACAGUUACAACGAGACCCUCAGCACCUUGCGCUACGCCGCCCAUGCCAGAAAUAUCGUCAACAAGCCUCGGGUUAAUGAGGAUGCCAAUGUUCGGCUGAUCAGGGAACUGAGGGAGGAGAUUGACAGGCUGAAGAGCAUGCUGCUCAGCUUUGAAAUGCAGCGUAAUCCCAGUCCAUCCCUGAGUGAUGAGAGGGAUGGAAACCUUUCCGACAUCGUGCUACAGAACGAACUAAAGGUGGAGCAGCUGACGAAGGAUUGGUCGGAGGGCUGGCGAGACAAGAAGGAGCUGCUGAAACAGUACAGCGUGGACAUCAACAGAGACCGGGCCGGAUUCCUCAUCAACUCCCUCCAACCGCAUCUGGUCGCUCUGGAUCGAGACGUUCUCAGCACGGGGGUCGUCUUCUAUCACCUCAGGGAAGGAGUUACCCACAUUGGACCUCAGGAACAAUUUGAGGAACCACAAAUAGUUCUGCAGGGCAGUGCCAGCUGCGAGAUUGAAAACCACGGAGGCGUGGUGACGCUCAGGCCGCUGCCGGGCUGCGUCUGCCUGCUCAACGACCGAGAGGUCACCGAGCCCUGCCGACUGGCUCAAGGGACGGUGAUCACCUUGGGAGGAGUGCAUAAGUUCCGCUUCAACCACCCGGCAGAGGCAGCAGUCCUCCGGGAGCGCAGACGGGCCAGUGAAGGUGGCAUGAGCUGCACCUACAUUGACCUUUGCCCCUUGACCCCUGACCUCAGUGUCAAAGAAGUGGAGCUCCAAGGGCAGCUGGGUGCCUCUCUCUCCCCCAGUGAGGAGUCUACCGCCAGGCAGCAUGUAGAGGAGCAGCAGCGCUACGUGGAGAGUUUGCGGCAGGAGAUUCAGGCUGAACAGAGACGGGCUGAGAGGGAGCUGGAGAGGGAGCAGGCCCACCUCCGACAGCAAUACAGUGAGAUCCAGCAGUGGAUUUUGCAGGAGAAACAGCAUCUAACAACCGUAGAGCAGAGAAUCACCCAAGAGUCCGGAGUUCAAACAGACAUUAUCCCUGCACCCCUUCUCGAGCGCCUGACAAGUCAUGGAACUGAGGAUCAGACAGUGGAUCGUCCAUCCCACGUGGUAAGGGCCAGGAAGAAGGCGGUGCAGGAGGAGCUACUAAAGCAUCACGCCCUUUGCCGCGCCGAGAGCCGCCUCCGUCGGAAAAGGUUGCACUGCCAGCUGGAGAGAAUCGCCCGUAAACGGCAUCUGUUGGAAGCUAAGAGGGAAUUGCAGAGGCUGGAAAGGGUCCUGCCUCCAGGACCAGACAGCCCAGAAUCUCCUGAGCUUGGGUCCCCCUCAAAACCCAGAGGAAGACCGCUGGCUUCUCGUAGACACUCAUUCUCGGCAGAUCUUCUGUCUCGGCUUUACCCACAGAACACUCCUAUCUUCAGACACUUCCUCAAGAGGAACAGAUCCACAGAAUUGCCGUCAAAUUCCUCCACAUCCUCUGAUUCCAUUGGCAGCAGGAAGUGGGUUUCGGACGAGUGUCUUCCUCGGGAAAGAACCCAGAGUUGUUCUGGUUCGCUUUCCUCAGGACAAAGCCAAUCCGGCCGCAGUAGAGCAAGCUCCUCCGAAAACAUCAGACAACCUGUCAAAGAGGAGUCCCAAGCUCAGCCCUGCCGGGAACGACCAGAGAGAAAACCUCUGCUGCCAAACCGAGACUUGUCUUUCAAGAACCGAUCGGAUCAGAACUCAACGGUCAUUCUGAAGUCGCCAGUUGGAACUUCUUUGCAGCCAGCCAGUAAAGAAAAUAAACAAGGACCCGCAACACCCAAACCCAGUUCUCAGAUUGUCCCUUGCAUGAAUGAGACAGCUCAACCGCCUGCAGCUAACAAGGGACUAGAAACUAUCAGGAAGACUUUCUCUCGUUCUGUGGGGCCCAGGUUAAAGUCAGCUCUGUCCAAAGUGUUCAGGAAACCACCAUCAGGUGCGAAUGGAGGACGUGGCCCCAAACAUCUGGGGAGGCUAGCAAGCAAAUUUCACUGGAGACAAAGAAGAGACAGGAGCCUUAAAGAUAACAAGAUGAGCCGAAGUAAAUGUGCCAUUAAAACAGCCGUCUCGUGCGAGGAGCUUGACCAAAGGACUCAGAUCGAAGACGUUAGACAUAGGCGAUGGCACAGUACAGAAGCUCUGAUGAACAAGACCAGCAGAUGGGUCGAGAGGCAGCACGGAUUGAUUGGAUGGGAGGAAGAGCAAGACGACGGGGAUGAAGGAACGUCAGACUGUGAAAGCCUUUUUUCUCUUGAUUCCCUGUCCUCCGCUUAUGCGACGGCCCUAGCAGAGCAGCUGAGACACGAGGAAGCAACCCAGAGUGAAGCAGAGAGCGAAGACAGUCGGAUGUCGAAAGAUUCAUUGGCUGUGGAGAGCGGUGGGAAAUACUCAACAGUGAAGAGGCUUAGCCAAACAGUGGUGCCAACUUACUCAUUGAUCACAGAUUGCUCUUAUUCCUCUGGGCAGCAUAGUAGGACAGAAUUCAGCUUAGACAGCUGUCAGAAAGCUCAGGUACUCUCAACGGAAGCGUAUUGGACCCAGCAAGGUUCCCUCAAGGCAAGACACAGUGGUUCAACAAUGAAGUCCCCCAACCCAUUAGUAGCAGAUUCCAGAGACACUGUACACAAAUUGAUCGAGGACUUUGGGAACAUGCAGACCACUUCGACCAGCAGCCCACGCUCCCUGAGCAGCUGCAGCGUGAGGGAGCCAGAAAACUUGCUGGCGCUCACCGAUGCCUGGUCCUCCACCGACGCAGCAGACAGUCCAAGGAUUCAUAGAGAUUGUCUGCCUAUCCAGAGAAAAAUGAUGUUCGGGGGUGUAGAGAGCAGCAGCAGCAGCAGUCCUAGUCCAACCAGUAUGAACCGCUCAGACUCUCAGAGCAGAUCCACAAGCUGUAGCUCAACGUCCACCAGCACUGACGGUGUAAAUAUAACAGUGCAGGAACAUAGUCUUGAAAUUUCAGGAGGCAGAUCAGAAAUAUUAGACAUUCUAAAAACACCAGAUGAAGCCCUGAAGGAUGUCGGAUGUUGUGUAGAGCGACCAAAGGGACGGAUGGCAAAUGUGGCAGUUGAUGCUACAGACUACAGUAGUCCAGAAUCCUUACCAACCUUAGAUCAGACAGCUUGUGUGACACCCGCUGAGAUCCACCACACUGUACAAAAGGCAUCACAAGUAAAAUUGUUUCAGAUGUACGCUGGUGUAUCUGACAUGGUGGUUCCUGAUGUUAGGUUGUCAUCCGACACUGAAAUGCGUACGCCAAGUCCUGCGAAGCAAAGUCAAGCGUUGAACAAGAUUUCUGACGCCGCGUGUGCCUUCAGAUCUUCCACUGAAGAUGAAGUACUAUGCAAUCUAGAUGGUGCAACGGAAAAGUUGAAAAACAUACACCAGUAUGAGUUUGGGAAUACGAAAUGUGUAUCUUUUACAAGGAACAAAACAUCAGAUAAGGUUGAAACCAAAGGGACUGAGCAGUACAAUGCACUACAGCAGGAGGUUGUUAAAUCAGCUUGUAAAAAUUCCAGGAAGAGGAACAAAGACCAACAGGAUGCUUUCAUAGGUAGCCUGAAAAUCCCAAAAAGGAGUAACAGCAGAGAGUUGGUAACUUUCUGCUCUGCACCAUCUGGCAGCCAUGAAGAUAUUUGGACUGAUGACAAUAAUAACACUAGUGAUUCAAAAGGGGAACAGUCCUCUGUGGAAACUGACAGCCCUGAAUGUGAUUAUGCUUGUGUUGAUGGCAGCAUUAGACGAGACGCAGUGGUUUCAGUGGCAUCACCGGUUUCUGAUCCCAUGAGCUGGAAACUUGGAGAGAGUUGUCAGAUUUAUGAGAAGUCUGAAUGCGGUGACAGUAGUUCUCAGAGUGGUACCUCGGCAGGAGAGAGGAAAGCAGUUGAAAAGGGGAAUGUAACAGUAAAGGAAGGAGCUGCGGAAACAAAAGGGGGAGCAUCCCAAAUUGACAACCUAAGAAAAAACCAAGAAAAUAGAAAACACAUUUGCAAGUCUGAUGCAAUUUGUAGCGCCAUUGACCUGAGAAUCUCCGAAGUGGUGAAAGAACACAUGACACUGUCAUCGGUCGACAGUGCCGAUGAGAGGAAGAGCAGGAGUCGAAGCAUGGAUGCCUUGUCAUCAUCUGCAUGUCAUUCUGGCUGUAAUAGAUGGACAGAAAGAGAGAUGAGAGAUAAAAUAAGUGAUCAGGUGAAAGACAGAGUAGUCCCUCCACUGGAAAGGAUGACAAGUGAAAACACAGCAGACAAAACUGAGCAACAGGCAUUAGAUCUGCUGGCUGAAUUCAGGGUUAGCCAAGAGAGCAACCUGUUUAAAUCUACUGAAGUAACACAGAAGUUUGACCAUGCUUGUACCUUUAUUGACGUCACAUCAAACAAGCCAGUAAUCGAUCAUUGUGUGUCCAAAAACCACGGAGAGUCUGAGCACUCUGGCAACCCCGAUUUGCAUCCAAUUAGUUUGGCCUCAGUGAGUUGUUCCUCUUCACAAAACAAAUGUAUCGAUCCACAAGACAACACUGUGGAAAACACUGUGGAGAAUGAAAUGGACACUUGGAGCUGUUUGGAUGGCCCUGCUGUGAAUUCUGAUUUUCACCAAAUAUCCCAUGAAACGUCUUUGACUGUGGGUGAACUUCACCAAAUAUCCCAUGAAACAGCUUCAACUGGGGCCAAACUUCUCCUAAUACCCCAUGAAACACCUUCAACUGUGGGUGAACUUCACCAAAUAUCCCAUGAAACACCUUCAACUGGGGCCAAACUUCUACUUAUACCCCAUAAAAUACCUUCCACUGUUGGUGAACUUGAUCAAAAACACCAUGAAACUCUUUCAACUGUGAGUGAACUUCACCAAAUAUCCCAUGAAACACCUUCAACUGGGGCCAAACUUCUAAUAUCCCAUAAAACACCUUCCACUGUUGGUGAACUUCAUCAAAAACCCCAUGAUACACCUUCCACUGUGGGUGAACUUCACCAAAUAUCCCAUGAUACACCUUCCACCCUGGGUGAUGCAAAAGAAAACUGUGGCUGUAACCAUGUUAACAUUGUCAGCAUGGAAACCACAGCCAGUGUUGAAGAUAAAGAAGGUUAUUCAUACAAACUAAACAAAACACCAAGGAAGGUUUGGCAACAUUUCCAAAAUAGUCCUGACGCAUCUGGAUCCAUAAAAUUACAACCUGAUGAAGGAAAUCUUCAAUUCAGACUGCAUGGACAGAACACACCCACUGUUGAGAAUUCAUCUAUGAGAGGUUUUGCUGUCACUCCUGGUCAUGAUGAAAAUGCUGGAACAGACAAUACAAGAGGAAAUGAAACUUGUAUCGCAGCACCGGAUCAGUAUAACCGUCCACAGACUCAUUCAAAUCAAUUGGCUCAGACUUGUGUGGUCAAUAGGAAUUACAACAACAAGUGCCAGGAUUGUGUCAUGAAAAAUGACACAUUGAUUCCAAAGAUCUUCGUAGAGUCAAAAUAUGAAGCAUGUAUUUCUGGUGCUGCGCAGCCAAAACGCGAGAUACCACAUGGAAACGGCAUCAGAAGUACAGUUGGCUAUGGGUCUGUGACGUGCCAACAGAUGGAGCUCAAGACAUCUGGCGAUAAAUUGGAUAACUCUGCCCUUAUGUCUAAAAAGUCCAAGUCUAAGAGGUUCAGAAAGUCUAAGAUCCAGACUCAUCCCUCCUCUUCCUCUGAGUCCUCAAUUAAGUCAUCCGAUGAUGAGGAGGACGAUGACCAAACCACCAGAGUGCAUCACAGCUCACGGCUCCCAUCUAAAUGGGUAAAGCUCGGCAAAAGUAAUGGCGAACAAGUCAGACAGGCCAGAAGUAACAAUGCAGAGGUUUCUACUUCAUUGUCAGCGAGCAAAUCUAAAAUUAAGACUUGUUCUGUUGGGACUCCGGGUAUAAGUGAAGUUAAAGUUUGUAGAUAUUACACCCACUCUUUACCUCCUCAGGCAACGUCACAGAGGACAAAUCUAGAACAAAACAUCCCGUCUGCAAAGAAAGGGGAACCACAACAUACACUGAAGACUCAGGACUCCCCUAUGCAUUUUGCCUCCAGUGACAUCAACCCUUUUGUUCACCAGUGGCAAGACGGUGACCCAAACCAACACUGUUACAAGAACCCAGCAUUCGGAAGCGCGGCUGACCUGUCCUGUAUAUCUCCACUUCUCAACAGCGUCGAGAAACGUAUGACGAGAUGCUGCAGUGUCGACAACGGUUUGAACGGGCAGGACUCACCUUUCAAUUCCCAUCUGAGCACUUACGCCACCAACAAGGGGCUCUCCAGUACACUUAGCAGUAUGGAAGAUUAUAAGGAACAAGUGAAGAAAACAUCUCAACAAACAUCUGUUGAUAUUCAUGAUCAUCUAGCCAGCCUGACAGUGACUGGCAACUCUUCGAGUAAUGACGUUCCUGGUGGUAACACCAGUAACAACUCCAGUCAGGUGGAUGAAAUUAUGUUUGUGUACUCGUCUGAGCAAGAGUCCCAGGCAAGCAGAACCCAAAGAAAGAGGACGUGUGAAAGUGGCACUCAAACUGAGCGUGGCCUUCAGACAGUGAAUAUUGGUAGCAAUGGCAGCGCUCCAAAGAGGAGAGAGCGGCACAAAAGGAGUAACACUGACGUACCUACAACACAGAAGACUAAAGUGGACGUUAAAGAAACUCCAACAUGGGCCAGCAUGGAAAGCAUGUCAGCUCAGCUCUCAAAACUAAUCGACAGCACCUCAGACCUGCUUGGGGAUGUCCAGGAAAUGCGAACAGGGGAAUCCCUCAAGUCCAGUCUGAGUAGGAGCAUCAACUUUUCAAAUAUCAGCACCUCUUAUAGCGAGUCUACCGACUACACCAAGAGAGACUGCUCGACUCAGACGGCCGUAGAUGUUGGGAUCCAGACCGAAGGGCCCUCGAGACCAGCAGAGAAGGAAGUCGCUGUAAAUCAAACACCCAGCGACAGAUCUCAUGAAGUCAGUGUGAUAGUCAAAGUGAUUGGUUCAGAGGUGAUCAGCGUAUCUCAGGACGACAAUGAGAACCGUGCGGUGAAGAGCAAAGCAGAUGAAAAGAUGCAGAGUAUGCCUGACCUCAGGUUUAACACCUCUGCUGCAGCACAAAGGCCUGCCUCGCGAUCAGAGAACGGCCCUCUAAAAACACCUCCUUUGAAGGCCGCGGGUGAAUGUCAAAGACUUGUAAGAUCUGCUACUACUAGAGGCUCAAAGCACAGUACGCCCGAGGCACUGUGCCACAGGAGUGUUGCAAUAUCUGAAAAUCUCAGCCCCUCUUUAAGAAAUGACCUAUCGCUUUCUUUAAAGAAGCAAGCCACAUACACAGACCGUGCAUCAUCUCCCAUACUGACUGUGGGAGCAAGAGUACGUGUGAAGCAGAAAGGAAACCAAUCAGCACCGUGUCCUCCCAAAUAUCAGCAUAUAAAUAGAGACCAUAGUUCUGAGAAAGGCAGCCUCGGCAGACAACCAGCAUGCACAACUGUUUCAGAGGACGAUCAAAUGCCCAGACAGGAGAGUGAUGUUUCUUCUUGUAAAUCAGAAUCUGUAUCACUUGAGAAGGUUAGUGAAAUGAGUUGCUCGAGCCCUAAAGGUUCUGAUAACUGCUCUGUAAGCUUUAGUUCAACACUGGAUCGGCGUACAGACACUUACAGGAGAGAUGUUACAGCUAAAGACAAGGCUGCCAAAUGGCAGAUGACCUCUAAGCAGUGGAGGACUUCUACAUCAACAAAAGGUUUAACUAUGCAGAACCAGAUCUCUCCCAUAUUAAGACCGACUGAUGUUGACGAGCAGGCUAAAGCCCGACGUGGAAUAACUUCCAACUUCACGAGGCCUGUAGAUUUUUGCACUGAUUCCUACAAUCCAUCCGUAGUCAGCAAGACUAUUCAACUUCAAGAGGAUGAUGCGGUGUCGCUUGCACCCAGUGAGUGCAACACAGACAUCCUUGUAAACAUUACGCCUCUCAUCAGCGUGUCCCUGUGUCAAAACCACCAGUUUGUCCCAGAGGACCUGCCCUUGCACAACAAGUUCACAAACUGGUCAGGCAUCAGCCAUCAGCAGUCAAAGCCCUCAAACAAACCGGCCACAUUUGCCACCAAAGACCACGACAAGAGCAGAAACUGCGCCGAGUGGGGCGAGGUGGAGAGUUACGGCUCGAACGCGGAGUCUGCGGCGCAGAGCGACAGAAGGGCGAGAGCGAUAGAGAGGCUGCGGCAGGAGAGGGAGCAGGUGAUGGCGACGGUCAGCCUCAACAUGAAUCCGACGCCGCUGACCAUGGAGCUGACAGAGGCCAAGCUGCAUUACGGCCUCGGAGAGACGGAUACACUGUUGAAGAUGCUGACCCCGAGGUCCAGAGAAGAGCUGGAGCCAUUGACCACUGCGCCCACCAAACAGCAGCUGUACGAUAGACACCGCAGGAGUAUCGAGGGCUUGAGGCAGGAGAGGGAAGAACGUCUGCAGACUUGCCGAAGAGCUCGUAGUUUGAGUCCCAGCAAACAUCCUCACUCCUCCCCACAAGAGGCCUCCUCCAGGCAGGUGUCUGCUGCCAUGCCCAGUCGGCGUAAAGAGUACCUACAACAGCUCCGCCAGGAGGUGAUCGACAGCACCAGAAUACCAGACCCCCCACGAGGAGAGGUCCAGUACCCGUCUGACAUCGAGCAGCUGUUGCGGGACUACAGCCGAGCCCGAGAGGAGGCCAGGACAGAGAUCGCGAAGGCGCGAGAACGACUGCGAGAGCGGACUGAGCAGGAGAAGAGGAGGCUUCAGCAGCAGGCGCUGUCUCAGGAAGUCAAGGAUGACCUGAGGCAUCGGACACGAAUCAGUAACAGCACGCUGUGCACGGGAUCCAGCCUGAGCCUUUCCUCUGGACCGACAUCAGGGUACAACAGCGGCAACACUGCCCAGCUGCAGCAUGGCACCAGACCUCUUCUGACUGGACAGAUCAUUGGGCUCCAAGAUGAAGGACUGAAGGUCAGGACACGUCCCCCGAUAUGUGGUCCUCAAAGUGUGAAGACGCAGAGAUCCUGGCUGUCUGCCCACGACGUCCGCCUUGAGCCUCCCGUCGCCACGUUUGAGCCCCUGAUGACCUCAUCACCGUCACCCCCGGCUUGUACACGUCAGCGCACCGCCUCCUUUGGCUCCUCCUCCUCCAUAUCCACGACCUAUCAAGACAUCACAUCCAGUCUCCUCGGUCGAGCUCUGGCUGAGGUGCGACUCGCUUCUUCUGGGGAUUUUAGCAGCCUGCUCCUGGGCAGAGCCACAGCAGGCUGGAGAUAUCAGGGAGAAGAACGGGGUAUCCAGGCAUACCACAAGCCCUCCUCCAGCCCAUCUGUCCACAGCUUCCUGGGGGCCGCGGAGCUCGACAGACCCCUGACCAGCCUGUGGAACAUUAUCUGCCAGCUGUCCAAGAGCCACAUGUAUAAUCAGUCAGUCCGUUCUGUUUGGACACGACCACUAGAUGACAGCACUCAGCUGGUUUACAUACUAACCGAUCCGUCCACCUGCCACCUCAGCCAGCCGCGGGACUUCUGCUGCAUCAGCACUGAGUCCAAACAGGCUGGCCUGUGUGUGCUGGCGAUGCAGUCUGUGUUCGAGGAGUCUCUGCCUCGUCCCAGUGUGGAUGCCGUCCGAGGGGAGAUGAUGCCCAGCUGCUGGGUCCUGCAGCCAAUUAGGCGCGGCGGACAGGAGGUCACCAGGGUCAUCUACCUGCUACAGGUGGACUUAGGAACUCCGUCCUUUCCUCAGCGACUGUUGAACACCGUCGCCAGGAGACAGGCAGCCGUCAUCGCCGAUCUCGACGCGUUCCUCUCUUCUUAAACUCGUGAAAGGUUGAAGACUCGUUAGCAUGUUGAAACUAUGCAGAAGCUGAUCGAAAGCACGACUGCUCUCAGUCAGCUGCGUCCAGAUAUGAAGCCAUAUUAUUUACAGUAGUUUGAACGUUCUCGGGGGAACCAAAGAGAAAGAGACAGAAAUACUGAAGACACAGAGUGAAGGAACGUAGUGACAGCUUGUUGUACUGGUUUCUUUGUUGUCUGUAUAUUUUAAAGUGCUCGUUUCAUUGUGUAAAAAAACAAAACAAACUUUAUUUAUGUUUUGACGGUGUGUUGAAAAUGUAUUUUGUUAUAAACACCCUGCUUCCUGUUGCUAAUAAGAUGUCAUGUGUUUGGUCAUUUUUUAUGAAUACAGUACAUAUUUCAAGUGAA